UAACCUGUCUCAUUCAUUCACAAAGAUAUUCACAACUUAUUUUCACUCUAAAACCACUCCAAAAAUCCUCUGCAGACCCCUCCUGGCUUAUUAGCAAGUACAUAGCCUCCAAAUUUACUUCCUCUUCUCACACAUACACACAUGGAUGACCUGUAUAACCUUCCACACUUCCUGGUUCUGCCAGUUUUUCACAAGGUUAGAGGCUUCCUUUGCUGAAAUGAGGUUUUUAUGUGAGUGUUUACACUCUCUGCAAGUCACAGAGCUGCUCUAUUGUUUUCACAUCAUUUCCACACUGGCGUUCCCACUUCCUACUCCACUGUGUUACACUGCCCUGGGGCACAUUCCUCAAAUUGUGUGAAAUUUAGGCAGCUUGUGUUUGCGUGCACGCAGGUAUGCAUGUGUGCACAAGUGUAGUCAUGCAUGCAGCUGUUUUGCAUACACCUACUAUAUUGCAUCUGUGAGUAAAAACAAAUUUCAAAAGGCUUUGAAGAUUACUUUUAAAUGAUUAUUUAAACACUUGCUCUCUCACAGGAAGUGAUAUCAUCAUGGCUUUUAAUACAUUCAUUAGAUCUGAUGUUGACUGUAACCCCAGUGUAGAUGCAGGGAUGUGAUAAGCAGGGAGCAGUAGAUUAUACACAGCUCCUGACCUGCAGUAAGGUUUAGAGAGUGCUAUGUCCAAGGGAACAGGGAGAGGAACAGAGCAGGGCUUGUUCUGUGCUGCAGGAGGAAACACAGGGAUGGUUUUGUGACCGUUAUAGUUGAGUAGGUAGCUUCUGGCUAACAGCUGCCCAAUUUAGAAAACACUGGGCCAUAGGCUGGAAGGUAGUGGGGUUUUUUUGCACGCUUUGACGUCACUAAUAAGUGAGAGGCAUGCAGACAUCACUUGGCUUAAUGCAGUAAGAGAAACUAUAGCUGCUAUAAGUACUUUGUAUUAGGUUUUAGUAGAUAUAGCUAUUUAUCUGUGAUAAAAAUCAUAAGUCUGUUAUUCUAGAUUAGAUUUACUGAAAGUUUUCUGAAGACAGGUCUCUGCUUACUUAUGUUUGUCAGGGUCAGCUAAAGACCAGCCGUUCCUAUGCUGGCAAGAGUUUAGUGUCUGGCUCAAGGGUACUUUAGCUGCGCAGAUGCUUGCUGAAAUAAGCACUUGAACCAAGGUCAACUGGUUGCAACAGGGCUGCCAUUCUGGCUUAGUCACCCUGCAGCCACUGUUAUUAGUCCUGGCAUACAGGGGAAUACAGCUGAUUUAUUAUAUGUCUCCUUCUUGACAGUGUCCUGCUUACAAAUAUCAUAAUGAAGUGUUUAAUAUCUACAUUUCAAUAAAUUUUGGCAGAUGAUUUUUUUAAAGUGGAAUUUUAUUUGUCUGAAAAUAGCAAUGGAAAUACAUUUACGCAGUAAACAAUGGUGGAGUUGGCUUGAUAAGCCUGACAAAUGGCAAUAUAAACACUAUCAUCAUAAUGUCGUUUUUAUGUGUUCUCUGUGAUCUGUUAGACACUUGUAACAGUCUGUUCACAAACAACUGAGAGUUAUGCUUUUCUUGAAUGUAGUCCGCUCGGUUUAGUGUCCGGUGAGGAAGAAAUGCAGGUAGCCUGCAGCAGCUUUUGUUCACUACGUCAUGUCUUUUUCCAAAAUUUUUAUGUAGGCUAGCUGUAUGUAUUUCAUUUCAGUGAGGAAUUAUUGAGGAUCUACACAUGGUAUAUUUAUUUUACACCCAAGCAAAAUGGUGGAGGAUGACAAUAGUGUGCUGUGUAGCAAAUGAUUUCUGUCUUUUCCUCUAACAGCAGAGAUUAUUUUGCUAACAGCAGCUAGUUUCAGUUGAACAUUCUGUUGCUAGUAGCAACAUCUACCGGCACGGCAGUUAAGAGUCAAACUGAGAGUGCUUCAUCUUCUCUUAACAAGCAAAUAAUAACAGAGGAAGUCUCUAAGGGACCAGUGGCUAAUGGAAGGAGCUCCCUUGUCCCCAACCUCCCUGGACACCCAGACCCCGCGCUCCCCUUUGUGGGGCUCCCAGGCCCAGGAGAUUGAAAAGCACAUUGACAAGUUGCAGUCAGAGAGUCAGCGGUUGGCAGAGGAGGAAGAAAAGCUGAAGGAACAGAUGGAGAAUGGCCAAAUGGAGCCAUCGAAAGUAGAAGAGGGUGGAACAGAACUUGCCCAUGAUGCGGUUGUGCAGAAUGGAGGAAACAAGGCAACAACACUGGAAACAGCUGGAAAUGAGAUGAAAACAAACCAAAGCCCGUCAGUGAAUGAAACUGCAGCUGUCAUAACAAAUGGCGGAGAAGACUUAGAGGCAGACACCAGCCCUGAUGCUUCAGAGCAUGAUAAUCAGUCCACCACCAAUGGACCAGUUGUAGCCUCUGAGGGUGUUAUUAGCAUGAAGCUGGAAUCAGAGUUGAGCCUUGGUGUUUCUGAGGCAGAGCCUAGUCAUGUUCCAAGUGUCAGCAUUAAUGAGGAGGAGGAAGAAGGGACUCUGGUGAUGAGAGCAGAACGUGUGAUCAUCACAGAUGAAGGGGAUGAUGUACCUGAGCAUCUAAUGCCCCAAGAAGAUCAACAGAAGACUAUGAAGUCAAAGGAAAUCCCAUUGCCAGAUCCAGAAGCAGGUCAACAGGGAAGGGAGUGUGCAGAGGAAGUAGUAAAAACAGAAGCAGCGCCAGAACCUUGUGAGGUAAGUGAACCCACUGAAGAGGCACAACCAGCAACUGCAGACGGAGACAUGCAGGGUGGCGUGAAGACAAUCGAAAACAGAGAUGGAGAGACAAAAGCUGAAGGACAGGACAUAUGCUCAGAAGAGUCCACCUUUGGGCAGGUGCAGCCCCCGGCCAAUGCACCAGAGGGCACUACAUUGUCUUUGGUGCCAGUCUACUCUCAGUCUGCACUUAACCCUGCACUGGAGGCUGAGGGUGAAGCUGCAGUAUCACCAGAGGGAGCUGAGGUGCCAUUAAAAGCCCAAGACCCUGGCCAGUUCCAGGAGGUACCUCUGGCUGAUCCCCAGGAGAAUCUGAAGACAGCGACAGGGCCCGGGGAGCAGGAACCCCUUCUGUCGCAGGCCAAAGCCCCUGACACCGGUGCAGGGCCAGCAACAGCUAACAGCCCCACCAACACAGGGACACACAGCCCGACCAGGGCUAAUCAGGGAGAGGAGACAGAGGCACCCAAACGCAAAACCUGCCAGUGCUGCUCUGUCAUGUAAAUGCCCUCCCAGAGCAGUCAUUUCCUCUCUCCCUCUUCAGCCUGCCAAUAUCCUUCAUUCUGCCUCUCUCCUCCUUAGUUCACAACACACUCCUGACCUUGUCUCCUUGUUUCAUGUGCCCGUCACAUCAGUAUGUCCACAAGCCGCUUUCCUUUCCAUGACCAACCUCUGCCCUCAUUCCUUGCAUUCAUCCUGAAACUUCCUCAUCCCACUCUUGAGUUUGAUCCUCCAGGAGCAAACCAGCUCUCUCCAGUGUGACAUCAAAAAGUUAUGGACUAGACUUGUUUAAGUGCCUUGAAAAGCUUUCCAUCCAGAACUACACUUUUAAAUUCUCUUCAGUGUGGACCAAAAAUGAGGUGUGGGUGUUGUUUUUAUUGUUUGAUUUUUUUUUUCUUUUCUUUUUUUUAAGGUUAGGAGAUGAGCCAGCAAAUCCAUAGGAUUAUACAACUGACAGAUGCAGUUAAGCAAAGGUCUGAAGAUGUAUUUAAUUUAAAAUGUUGUAACUACAUAUAUGAUUCAUUGAGUAAUUUUCAUAAUCUAAAUGUGAGAUUUAACUUGAAAAGUCCAGAGACAUAGAGGUUCAGAGAGGAUAUUGUUUUAAUUUAAUGACUUUCAGACCUGAAUUAUUUUAUUGAUUUUGGUCUUUCAUUGGAGAUAUUUUUAAUCCAAGUAGGGCGUGAACAUGGUUAUUCCUUCUGUAAUGCAGGUUUUGACAGUACACAGACUAAUACUAUGAAAUGGUCUAACUGAUAAACAGCUUGCACCACUCACACCACUUUGUGGGCCCUUGUCACUUUUAAAAGAGCAGUUAUUUUGAAAUAUCUGAAAGUAUGAAUUUUGCAUUUUUAGUACAUGAACUUUUAAGAGAGACUUCAGAGCUCCUGAUAUAGCUCUGUGCAUGGGUGUAUAUACUGUACACAGAAACUGAAGUUUAGAGUAUCUGACAUGUCAGCUUUGAAAUGAUUAACAAGUGAUUUAAUGAUUAAACUGACAUUUGUGAUAACAGUGCCUAAUGCACUUGAUGUUCAUCCAUCUUACUGGAAUUUUCUCAAACUACUACACACACAUGACACAAUAUAAAGUGUUUAACCUUUGUUUUUUUUUUGUUUUUUUUCUUAUAAUCUCCUCUGCCACACGUAAGAAAAUGACAGUUGGAGUAUGUAGUCCACUUCAGACAACUGGUAUAUUUCUUAGAUUGUAUCUGUUAGUUGUGGUAAAUAUUACCCUGAAGAGAAGACUGGAACUAACAGGAUCUGUCUUUGAGUGAUUCUGCAGAGAGAUUCUACAUAGAGUAGGAUCACAGAGACUGUACUCGUGAGAUAAUGUACCUGGUGUUCCCUGCAACAACUCCCAUUAUCUCAAAUCCUUCACUUAUCCAAGUCCAUAGAGCCCCCAGUGCAACCACAGUGUGAUGUGCAGUGGCUAGCAGCACAGGCCUCUCACGGGCCAGACCGAACUCUGUCUCUGUGGAAAGAGAUGCAGCAAAGGGCCCUGUAACUGUGAAAACAAGCCGUGCUGAGAUGAGAGCUCUCAGGGGGGUCCUGUUCAACAACAGUAAGACUUCCAAGAACCAUCACAUAAGGAGCUAGUGCCUCUCUAAACUAGAUUGAUUCUCAUCAGCCUGCUUUUAUGGUAAAAAGAAAAUGGAUAAAUGAUGGUUAGAUUCAUAGGUGAUAUUGCAUUAUUCUGUGCAGAGCUGUCUUGUAGUUUGUUUGUCUUAAAUUAAGAGUCCUGUCUUGGUUAAAUAUGAUAAUUGUACUUUUCUUCAUUGACUUAAAAUUGUUAAGCCAAAAAGCAUUUAUUUCAAUUUUCCGUAAUAGAAUUUCUAACAAACAACAAAAACGCAAGAACCAGAUUUUCUGUUCUCAGAGCGCAGAUUUCUACAAGCAGUCUCUGUUAAAUAGUUCAGUUAUCAUUAACUUAAUAUUUAAGUUUUUAUAUGUUGCAUAAAUAAGCCCAGGUCUCAGGGAAAGUUCAUACUCUGUGGGCAAGUAUACACUUUUAAUCUCUUUGAUCAACCAAACACGUUAUUACAAUGUAUUACAGUGUAUACUGUGAGUUUAACAGUGUAUCUAGUUCUCUAAAAUUAGUUUAAUUGCUCUAAAGGGUUACACUGUGAGUAGGUUAUCGUUGCAAAAAUGACACGGGUGUUUUGGCUGAUGAUUUGUUAAAGGCUGAAAUGAACACUGGUUUAGAUCCCAGAUUCAUUUAAUUAUUUGCCUAAGAUCUGAACAUUAGAAUCAACCUUUGCUUUUUUAGCAUUACACAAAACGUUUUUGGGUAUUGCAAAACAGGUCUUUCCGAUAACACGUUAAUGAUUUUAAAUCAGAACUGCAGUGCAAAGAAGACUGGAAAUAACCUCAAUGAAUGAGCUUUACUGUAGUUUAUAUAGUGGUUUCAACAAACAUAAUACAUAUAUCCCUUCUGAAACUGUAGCUCUUAAUCUCAGCCAGUAAGAUUAAAACAGAAGCCUGCUAUUUCCUCAGUACUCAGUGUCUGGUGUUUCCAGCAGGAGUUACGGUGAAGUCACCACAAUAUCCCAUGUAAUAACACUGAGUAGGAAAAGUGUAAAUAACAAGGAAUGACAAUAUUUACUUCUCAUUUGACUAUCACAGAGAACACAUGGACUCUGCUCUCUCAGUAUUGUGAAAUUAAUUUCUGAUGUGACUUUAAAAACAGGUAAGCAUCUAUAUUGGCACCAUUUUCAACUUUCAAGGCUAGCAGUGGAACUAAGUAAAGGUCUGCCGACGGAUGAUUUCAGCAUACAGAAACAUGUUUGCUAUUCUUGUCAUCACUUUCCUCUGCUUGAUGUCAGUGAGCCAUUCAGCUCCUCUGGCCUGUAAAGACCUGCUCCAGCCUUUCGAUCAACUGGAUCCUCAUGAGUUGGAGGGCAAGUGGGCUUUGGUUGCAGACAGCCUGAAAGUUAUUAGAUCUUCUGGGCCUGUUCCACUAAGUGACAGCGUGGCUAUUUAUUUUUACAAUUCAACGCUCAGCAAAAGCAACCGUUUUGGCAGUGCAUGCCAUUAUUUCUCCCACAAUGUCUCAAUAGAAAGCUCACACUAUAACUUCCAAGCUGGACAGUUCAACUUCAGCGGGACCUUGUUCCGUACUUCCUGUUCAGACUGUGUGGUGUUGACCUUCAACGUGGAGUCACCAAAUUUUGCCACAGAAGAAUUGUGCCUAUUCAGCAAAAGGAGGCAGGUGGACGAGAAGGAGCUGAGGGAGUUCAAAGCUCAGGUGGACUGUCUGAAGAUGCCUCAACAUGUUGUGAUGGAUCCCACCGAGCAGCUUUGUCCAGUCGUGCCACGGCGGCAAAAAAAUCCAAAUGUUUAAGAGGCUUUGGUGUAUAUCUGUUGAUGGUGUGAAUACCAACAAUGGCGUCACAUGCAGUUCCUGUGCUUGCUUUUGUGCAUAAUUUAACUUUUCCACAGCUUAAUCAUUAAGUUGAAAGUGAAAAGUAAAAGUGAAAAGUAAAACAAUAAAUAUAUCCAAAAUAUUUGAAAUGUAAAAACCUCAGUGAUCAGUUCAUGUUCUGCUUUUGCAUUUUGAUGCUGCUUUGCUUGUUUGCUAAACAGCAUAACAAAUAAACCGUGAAACUCUC